AUGCGCUCUGUCCUGGGUCUUGUCACACUUUACCUGGCCCUCUUACGUGGUGUAUAUACCACAAAAUCGAUCCCUCCACACAGCCGCAAGUACCGCCCGGCGGCCCACUCGUGGAAAUCGAAUGCCCGACGUCAUGUACUUGUUCUCCAUGAAACCGUUCUGUUCUCUGGUUGGCUCUGUACUCGAAGAUCGGUGGGAAGGCCCGACUCCACUGAUCGAGAAGCGACUUGUCUACGAUCCCGAAAAUAUCUCGUCUGGCUACGUGAUCGAUCUAUGGACCUAGAGGCGAAGAAUUUCUUGUACGAGUCGGCCACAUAA